AGUAAUAACUUACCUAAUUUGUUAUCCGUCCAUUGACUAUUGACUACAAACAUUGCUUCCUUCUCUGGGUUUUCUUAUUUCUUUCUCAUUUCUCUCACUCACACUCACUCACACACAUUUUGAUUUUCUCCUAAAUUCCCGAUUCCAUCAUCUCAAUUCUCAAGAUGGAAGAAACAAAUCAAUCGCGUUACGUCAAGUUAACCAAGGAACAAACCACCGUCGAACAAGAUAUCAUCCCCGGUGAACUCAAUCAACCUAUUGAUGUUCCUCAGUUGGCUGUUCAGAAGUGUCCUGAAUGUAGGCAGCCAUUACCUGAAAGCUAUGCACCUCCUUCAGAUGAACCUUGGAUGACUGGUAUCUUUGGAUGCGUAGAAGACCGGGAUAGUUGCUUGACUGGAUUGUUUUGUCCUUGUGUAUUAUUUGGACGCAAUGUAGAGAGCUUGAAGGAUGACACUCCUUGGACAGGGCCAUGCAUUUGUCAUGCCAUUUUUGUUGAAGGUGGCAUUUCUUUGGCUAUAGGAACUGUAAUUGCAACUUCCUUCAUUUCUGGCAUUGACCCGGGGACAACAUGCCUCAUUUGUGAGGGCUUAUUUUUUACGUGGUGGAUGUGUGGCAUUUACACUGGUCAAGUUCGGCAAUCCUUACAGAAGAAAUAUCACUUGAAGAAUGCACCUUGUAAUGCAUGUUGUGUGCACUGCUGCUUGCACUGGUGUGCCUUGUGUCAGGAGCACAGGGAGAUGAAGGGACGGCUCUCGGACAAUGUUUUUUCAGAAAUGACUAUUGUAAACCCUCCCCCCAUUCAAGAGAUGAAGUCUGCCAACGAAAAGGAAAAUCCUGAAACAUCUUCCGCUAACAACAAUGAGCACACUACUCUGGAGAUGCAGGCUUUAUAAGAGCCAUAAAUAAGGCAUAUAUACCAUUGUUAAUUGUUAAUAGUGACAAAAGCAAAAGAUUUUUCCCUUUAGACCUUUGGCUUCAGUUAUUUAUGUUGCAUUAGACAUGUGAAUCACAUACACAUAACUCACCAUGUCUAUUUUGUGGAGCCAAAUUAUAUGGAAUCUUCAUUUUUGAAUUUAUGGUUUAGACACUUUUAAGUUUAGUC